AGAACCCUGGAGACCCUGAAGUGCUGGCUUGGGAGGAGGACCCAGUUCUCUGGCUUCAAACAGGGACUCAGGGCGGUUCCCGCACACAUGGCGAGAAGCCACCUGGACUGGCUGAGGCCCUGCUGCUUCCUGGCCUGGGGACCUCUGGCACUUCUCAGAGCCUCGUCCUCAAGGUUGGACAGAAGCAGUCCUCGCUGUGUAACGUGGUUGGGAGGGUCUUGGUAACCUUGGCAAAGACUUAGGCAGUGCUUACUGUGUUCCAGGCACUGCUCUUUACCUGAUGGAGAAGCUGAGGCAUAAAGAGAUCAGAUAACACAGCUAGAAAAGAUGGAGACGCUGAAAGACAAGAGCCUGGAGGAGCUGGAGAAGAUGCAGAAUGACCAGGAGGCCAUUGACCGGCUGGCCCAGGAGUCCCCUGAGGUCCAGGACCUGCAGCUGGAGCGUGAGAUGGCACUGGCCACCAACCGGAGCCUGGCCGAGCGGAACCUGGAGUUCCAGGGGCCCCUGGAGAUCAGCCGCUCCAACCUCUCAGACAAGUACCAGGAGCUCCGCAAGCUGGUGGAGCGCUGCCAGGAGCAGAAGGCGAAGCUGGAGAAAUUUUCUUCAGCACUGCAGCUAGGGACCUUGUUGGACCUCCUGCAGAUCGAAGGCAUGAAGAUCGAAGAGGAGUCUGAGGCCAUGGCUGAGAAGUUCCUGGAGGGCGAGGUGCCCUUGGAGACGUUUCUGGAGACCUUCUCCUCCAUGAGGAUGCUGUCCCAUCUGCGCCGGGUUCGCGUGGAGAAGCUCCAGGAUAUAAUGAGGAAACCCAGGGCGUCCCUGGAGCCGGCUGGCGAUGCCCCUCCUCCCCGCCCACCUCCCCCACCUCGUCCCAGCCCCCAGGCGACACCCCCUGUGGCUGAAGAUCGGCAGCCACCACCACCGCUGCCACCGCCGCCCCAGCCAUCAGUGGUCCCUCCCUACCCUCUGCCCUACAGCCCCUCUCCGGGCAUGUCCGUGGGCCCCACCGCCCACGGAGCGCUCCAGCCGGCCCCCUUCCCCGUGGUCUCCCAGCCCUCCUUUUCCUACAGUGGGCCUCUGGGGCCCCCGUACCCGUCAGCCCAGCCGGGACCCAGGGCUUCCGCGGGCUACUCCUGGUCCCCGCAGAGGAGCACGCCACCCCGGCCGGGCUACCCCGUGGCCCCCACUGGUGCCUCUGGCCCUGGGUACCCCGUGGCGGGGGGCCGGGCCCCCAGUCCUGGUUAUCCUCAACAGCCCCCCUACCUCUCGCCAGGAGGAAAACCGCCAUACCCAACGCAGCCCCAGCCCCCGGGCUUCGCAGGCCAGCCUCAGCCUCCCUACCCCCCUGGGCCCGCCCCUCCCUAUGGGUUUCCACCGCCUCAGGGACCCACCUGGCCGGGCUAUUAGACACGGUCUUGGCCCUUGGCCCGUCCCUACGUCCACCUGUACCACAACCUCCGGCCCACCUCCUGCUGAGAUUCGAGGUUAAAUUGGAAGUGGAGUUGGCUCCCCGUGGAAUCGUGUCCCCCUCGGGGGACUGGGGGGACUGGCUGGGGGUGCACACGCUGGGAAAGGCACCGGGCAGGGCGGUGUGGCCAGCUGGGCCACACCUCAUGGUCCCAGCGCUUGCCGGCCUCCCGGGGGAAGGGAGCGCCUGGUUUCAGUGACUGGCUUCGGCUUUUCUGGUGCUCGCCAGGCGGGGUAGCCAUUCCUCUCCGUGGGUGCCUGGUGAAGGAGCGGAUGCGUGCGUUUGUGGACAGCUCCUUGUGGCUGUACUCCCUCGAGGACAUCUGAACAGAAGGCGGAGUUAUCCUGGAGAUGGGCUGCCCAGGUCUCUGGCCCCGCCCAGCCCCUCCCUCUCUGGGAUCUGGCACUUUCCGCGUGGUCCCCACUCUACGGGGAGGGAUGUAUUAGCUUUUUCUGUCUCUCUGGUCCAUUCAAAGAUGGCCUGCCCCACACUCCAUGGCAGGGUUGAAUCAGGGGGAGAGAGCAGAAUUAGGAAAAACACAUUUACCGAUUUUUAAGUGACCUAAAAGCCAUAAUUGAACUCUGAUAGGCUGACGUCAGGUAAGCUUGUCCUGUUGGAAUGACGGCAGCAGAGCCAGCUUGGCGAGCAGACUGGGGACCGUGCAGGUGGACCCAAGACCUUGCUCGCCUGGCUGGAGAAUCUGGGGGCUGCCUGGACCCUCUGGCUCGAGGUGAGGGAGCAGCCCUGGCCCAGCAGACUGUGGUCACAUCAGGGGCUCCUUUAGGAGUGGAGGGCUGCGCCACCUCCCCUGACCUCUUGUCCGGGGCCCUCCGCUUCUGGUUGACUUCUGAGGCCCACCCCAUCGGUCCACUCCUUUAGUGCCUUGAAUCUCAUCCACAGCAGCCCUCUCCCUUCAUCCCCUGCCUCUGACUCCUAGAUGUAACUCUCCCCCAGUCCCCAGAGCCCUCCUAAGACAGCCAUCAAAAGAUACCCUACUGUGGUGCUUUCCAAAACA